UGUGUCAAGACUCAUUUUUGUGCGACACCUAGGGGGUGUUCUAGCGGUGGCGAACAUCAGGGGUGGUGGUGAAUAUGGAGAGACCUGGCACAAAGGUGGUAUCUUGGCCAACAAACAAAAUUGCUUUGAUGACUUUCAGUGUGCUGCCAAAUACCUCAUCAAGGAAGGUUACACAUCCCCAAAGAAGCUGACUAUUAACGGAGGCUCAAAUGGGGGCCUUUUAGUUGCUGCCUGUGCUAAUCAGCGCCCCGACCUGUUUGGUUGUGCGAUUGCCCAAGUGGGAGUGAUGGACAUGCUCAAGUUCCACAAGUACACCAUUGGCCACGCUUGGACCACUGACUAUGGUUGCUCCGACUGUAAAGAGCAGUUUGAAUGGCUGUGCAAGUACUCUCCACUUCACAAUAUCAAACUACCAGAAGAAGAUGGCAUCCAGUAUCCCUCUACGCUGCUUCUCACAGCGGACCAUGACGAUCGUGUGGUCCCUCUACAUUCGCUGAAGUUUAUCGCUACUCUGCAGUACAUUGUGGGCCGAAGCCGUAAACAAACCAACCCACUUCUCAUCCAUGUUGACACCAAGGCUGGGCAUGGAGCGGGAAAGCCAACUGCUAAAGUUAUAGAAGAGGUGUCAGAUAUGUUUGCUUUUAUAGCACGAUGCCUAAAUCUUGAUUGGAUUGAAUAGGCAAAAUGCUUAUUACUGUCUCCUUUAGCAAACAAGGGCUUUAACAUGGUUUAAGACCAACCAGACUACUACUUGGUGUAGUACUUACAUUUAAAAACUGCAGUUUAAUAUUUUAUUGAUCCAACCUGCUAUGGAGUUUUGAUCUUCUGUGCUUCCCUCUUUUUGGCGUUUCUUUCAGUUUCUUUUUUACUGAGUUCCAAAGUACAUUUUGAAAAGCAUGUUCAAAUAAAUAGCUGAGCUACUGUCGGUGCUGUUGUGAACGUUUAGAUUCCAGUUAGUGCUAGUUGAGCUUAUUUCCUGUAAACAAUUUUAAUGUAUUUUGAACCUAUAAGUAUCUCCAGAUCAUCUGUAAUUAAAUGUAAGUACUGUCCACAUACAAGAACUCUGAGCAUACUUUAUUUACACAAUAACUUAUUUAAGAAUGUAAAUUGAAGGUCUUCAGUGAUAACCAUGAAAUACUGAAGAGACAGUAAUCUGGGUAAUUAAGUCAAAUAUUAUUAAAAAGCUUAUAUUACAUGAUGUUC